AUGAAAACCUGCGGGGAGGAGAGGAGCGUCUUCACAGGAGCUUCAUUAUCCUGUUUGAGCGAACAGACCGCUCCACGCUCCACGCCGUCUCACCGGCUCGAUAAACCAGGCCGUUCAUAUGUUUUUAUCGAUAACUCAGGAUCAUUACCGUCUGUUUCUCUCACUUUACUCGCUGUUUACAGAAACGCUCUUCUGCUCAGACGUUUAACCAAAGUGGUUUUUAUUGAUCCAGAAACUCAUCAGGAGUUUACAAAAGCUUCAAUCGACACGUUUUACUUUAGAAACCCGUCUGAGAGCCUCAAAAUGUUCGAUUGA